UGAAGGCAAUAAAACAGAAAGAAAAGACACACAACUUGAGACAGACACAAAUGAUGCAGAUGCUGGAAAUAUCUACAGUCCUUGGGUCCUCCAAGUGACAUCUGCUGCACAAGACAGAGUCGUCAAUGCAAGUCAAAAUUCUUUAGGGGAGCUAGCGUAAAUUGCACUAUAAGAUGGACUAUAAUGAUCAGAGUGGUUCAGGGAUGUCCACACAAGAGGAGUCAGAUGGGUAUCCAGUACAGAUAGCAGAGGUUACAAGAGAAAAACUUAUACUAAAUGAAGAAGCCCUUGAAAUGGUCUUGACGCAACCACAGUUGGAAGAUUUGCCAGUGAUGGUUUUGUCAUGUGCUGGCAUAUUUCGCUCAGGAAGAUCAUUCUUACUCAAUUUGUUGAUCAGAUACCUCAACCAAGGUUGCUCACAAAGUUGGAUGGAUGAUGAAGAAUAUAUAGUAAAAGGAUUUAAAUCCCAGCCAGGAAUCGACAGAUUGACCACUGGUAUCUGGAUUUGGAGUAAAGUGUUUAUCAUAGGACCUGUGGAUAGAGAGUUCGGGGUUGUGUUGAUGGAUAUUCAAGGAUCACAGGAUCCGUACUCUUCCACGAAGGAAAAUACUGCAAUUGUUGCACUUAGCGCAUUACUGAGCUCUGUACAGAUUUAUAAUGUGAAAUCUGAUAUUAAUGAAGCCGAUCUGCAGUUUCUUCAGCUAUUUGUGAAGUUUGGAGCUGCAAUUAAGGGAAAUAAUGAGAAACCUUUCCAGACAUUGUUAUUUCUUAUUCGUGAUUGGAAGAAUCCUCGUGAAAGUAGCUUUGGCAUAGAUGGAGGGUUGCAGCACCUUAAAAAAGUCAUGACAGUAUCUCCAAAACAGAGCCAAGAAAACCAACACUUAAGGAAGUCGAUUAGUGAGAUGUUUGCUAAUAUAAUGUGUUUUCUUAUGCCUCGCCCAGGAGAUGAAGUUUGUGAGGGUGAGAGCAAUAGUCAAAUUAGAGACAUUGCUCAGAGAUUUCAAGUGCAGAUAAAAGAUCUGGCAAAUUUUAUCUUUUCAUCCGAAUUAACUGAAGCUAAAAAGAUUGAUGGCAAAAGCAUUACAUGCGGAAGCUUAGUCGAUUAUUUUAAGGAUUAUGUGAAGAUUAUUAAUGAAGAAGGGAAAAAGGUUGAAAGUACAUCAAUAAAUGAGGCUCAUGCUCUGGCACAUAACCAUCAGUUUUACACAGCUGUGAUGCAGAGUUUCGUUGCAGAUGUGGAUAAGCUAUGUGUGAACUACCAAGAAAAUCUAAAUGAAUUUCUUGAAUAUCGGAAGAUGCAAGCACUGGCAGAUUUCAAUGAAAAGUGUAGGUUAAAUCCAAGUACACAGUAUGGAAAAUUAGAAGAUGCAAUGAAAGAUGACAUCAACAGUAAAAUGCUAGCUUACUAUGCAAAAAACAGUUUGAUAGAGGCACAUGCAAGAUCUAACAAUUGGAGACAUUUUCAAGAAGCAAUGAAAAAAUUUGAAACUGGAAUGAAAGAGGUAUGUUCCUCAUAUUGGAAGGACACAACACUGAAGAGUAAGUUUAUAGAGCAAAAAAGAAUAGCUUUGGAAUACUUCAUCAAUUAUGGGGAAAGGAUUGGCACAUCAUAUUCUGAGUACAUACAAGAACUUGAAGAAAACAUUACCAAGAAGUACCCAGCUUACAAUCUAAUAAUGGCUCGGAAAAAAGCCUGUAUUGAUGCAUUUCAUGCGUACACAAAGGCAAUGGAUCAGAAAUAUACAACUUAUCAGAAACCUAUUGGGGACUAUCGUCGCAACCAUGAAGAAGCAAAAAGGAAAGCAGUAGCAGCAUAUGCUGCCAAUACCUUACUUUUUCUGGUUAAACAUACCUAA